AUGUCGUGCAUCCACUACAAGUUCUCCUCCAAGCUGGACUAUGAUACGGUCGCCUUCACUGGCCUCCACAUCUCCCUGCAUGACCUCAAGCGUUGUAUCAUGGGCCGUGAGAAGCUGAAGGCGGCCAACUGUGACCUGCAGAUCAUCAAUGCCCAGACCAAAGAAGAAUACACAAAUGAUAAUGCCCUGAUUCCUAAGAACUCCUCGGUAAUAGUUAGAAGAAUACCAGUUGGAGGAGUUAAAGCUACCAGCAAAACAUGUGUUAUAAGUCAAACUGAGCCAGUGAGUGGAACGUCAAAAGCAGUACGUAAAAAUACAAUCUCACACAUUUUUCUACACAGUGCACUUGAUUCUAAACAAUGUAACCUUGUAUUAAAUUUCCAAACAUUAACUUAA